UUCUCGCACGCUCUGGAUGCGGCGACGCGUUGGGUGGGUGGUGGGUUCGUAGGUUGGGGAUGGUCUUGCGCGUCUGUAUGCGUGCGUCUUGUUUCGAGUGAAACCACGUGCGCGUUGCCGUGCGAUAUGGGAUUCGCGCCAUCACGUGGCUGCCAGUGUGUGUUGGAUUGCGUGCUUUUAGGCAGUUUGUCGACGAUGGGGACGACGAUGAUGAUAGUGAUUGUUUGUUGAUAUGGUUUGGCGCUUCUCUCACGGUUCGUGCGCGGUGGAUGGCCGUCGUGUGUGAGUGCGAACUGCGAACUGAGAUGAGAUGGUGAGGUGAUGCUGUGCUGAGCUGGGAUGCUGCAUUCAGUCAGUGUUGAGAAUGGUACCCGUUUGGUAAUGGUUGGGUCUUUUGAAUCAAGCCUGUGCGUUUGUCGUCAUUCUCGGAAGGGAGCGGUUCGGUGAAGGUUGUUUCGAUUGUUGCUGACUUUUAGGCGCUCGGUUAGUGCGCGCCCUUCCUUGUAUGAGUAUGGUUUAUGGAUUGCUCCUCGGUCGUCGGAUGCUGCAAUCGGGAAGUUUACUCUCCCUCUCGGUAGAUGACGCUGCUAGCGAUACUUACGAGUUACAUAAUUUAUAUUUUUGCUACGACGAAGCAACUGCUCAGCACUGUUAGACGAUGGCGAUGACAGGGUUGUGCGUCGCAUAAAGGCAAAGACGAGAGACGCUGGCCGUUCUCAGCCGUGCAUCACCGUCUUGGUUCGUCCUAGAGGAAAGACAUUUUUGACAGUCAACUGAUAAGGGAGAGGCCGUCAUUGUCGAGCGACAACGGAACUGUGUGUAUAUGCAAGUACAUCAUCUCUUUGCACGGGACGACAACGACGAAGACGAGUGUGUGUGGUAUACUUUGAGGCGUUUGCACAGUGUCGUUUCUCAAGGCAGCAGCAUUUUGGGCGAAGAAGAGCAGGUGACUUUGCGGAGCCGAGAGACACGACUGGAUAUCAAAGAAGGAACACGAACGCUCCACCAAAAGCACAAGGAAACUCGAGAAGGGCAAACGAGAAGGAGAAAUUUUCGCCUUUCAACUUUCUUUUCUCAAGUACACAAAAGAAGAUUUUCCUUUUCUCGUGCGAAAUCGUGCAGAAAAUCUCGAAAAGAAGCAUUUUUGUAGUUCCGUUCACGCCUGAAGCCAUCGGGGAGUGUGUUUUACCGAGUGUGGUUAGUGCAAAAUGGUUGUGAAAAACGUAAUCACCGAGUAGAGGAUUCGUCGUCAACAGCAGUAGCAAAUAGUCUCUGGGCUCGAGGGCAGGGGGGAGAGCGCAGCCAAGAUGAAUUUAUAAGUGAAAAAGGAAAUACGCCCAUUUCUGAUAUUUCCGUUUUUUGCCUAUCUCCUGACGGGCGGAUGCUGGAUGCUGGUGUCGGAUGCAAAUAUAGGUGCCGUUGUGUUGUGUAUCGGUGAAAAUUGGAAUCAAAUUAGCAGGGAAAAUGAAUUUAUUGGUUGCUUCCGUGCUGUUGCUAUUCGGUUGCCUAAUAUCGGGCGUAGAGCUGAAAAGCUACAAAGCAACGACGAACCGAGGCAGUGGAAUCAGCAUAGGUGGCAGCAGCAGCAAAGGCGCUACCGAUAGUAAAAGCAGUGGUGGCAGUGGGACCACUUCCGGAGCCACUACGACCCGUGUCACACGGAAUCAGCUGAACGUCGGCCUGCUGGUUCCGCACACCAACUUCGGUCGACGGGACUAUCUGCGCUCGAUCAAUACCGCUGUCAUGGGUUUGCAGAAGGGGCGUGGACCGAAGCUGACCUUCCUGAAGGACCAUGAAUUUCAAACAAGCAACAUACACUUUGACAUGAUGUCGCUCACGCCAAGCCCCACAGCGAUCCUGAACACAUUGUGUAAGGAAUUCCUGCACGCCAACGUGACGGCCAUCCUGUACAUGAUGAACUACGAAUCGUACGGCCGUAGUACCGCCUCGGCGCAGUAUUUCCUGCAGCUGGCCGGCUACCUUGGCAUUCCGGUCAUCUCCUGGAACGCCGACAACUCGGGCCUGGAACGAAGAGCGUCGCAAUCCACCCUUCAGCUCCAGCUGGCACCCAGCAUCGAACACCAGAGCGCUGCCAUGCUGAGCAUCCUGGAACGGUACAAGUGGCACCAGUUCUCGGUGGUAACGUCGCAGAUUGCCGGACACGAUGACUUUGUGCAGGCCGUACGAGAACAUGUGGCCGCCAUGGACCACUUCAAGUUCACCAUCCUGAACUCGGUCAUCGUGUCCCGGCCGAUCAACCUGGUCGAGCUGGUGAACAGCGAAGCACGCGUAAUGCUGCUCUACUGCACCAAGGAUGAAGCCGUGGACAUCCUGAAGGCGGCCGAAGACCUGAACAUCGUCGGCGAGAACUACGUCUGGGUGGUGACGCAAAGUGUCAUCGAGAAUAUGCAAGCCCCAUCGCAGUUCCCGAUGGGUAUGCUGGGAGUGCACUUCGACACCUCGUCCAGUGCGUUGCUGAACGAGAUCUCCAAUGCGAUCCGGGUGUACGCCUACGGGGUGGAGUACUAUCUGAGCGAUCCGAAGAACGCCGGAAGGGGUCUGGACACGCAUCAGCUGUCCUGUGAGGAUGAGGGUCGGGGUCGGUGGGACAGUGGAGAGGUGUUCUUCAAAUACUUGCGGAAUGUGUCGCUGGAGGGUGAGCCGAACAGGCCGAACAUUGAGUUCACGGCAGAUGGGGAUCUGAAGUGGGCCGAGCUGAAGAUCAUGAACUUACGGCCCAGUGUGAACAGCAAGGGACUGGUGUGGGAGGAGAUUGGGAUGUGGAAAUCGUGGCAACAGCAAAAGCUCGACAUCAGGGACAUUGCGUGGCCGGGGAAUUCGCAUACGCCGCCGCAAGGCGUGCCGGAGAAGUUUCAUCUAAAGAUUACGUUUUUGGAGGAGGCGCCGUACAUAAACCUGUCACCGGCAGACCCGAUCAGCGGAAAGUGUUUGAUGGAUAGAGGAGUGCUGUGUCGGGUAGCGGCCGAUCACGAAAUGACCGACAUCGAUAUGGGCCAAGCUCACAAGAAUGGGUCGUUUUAUCAGUGUUGUAGUGGAUUCUGCAUCGAUUUGUUGGAGAAGUUUGCGGAGGAAUUGGGCUUCACGUACGAGCUGGUGCGUGUGGAGGACGGCAAGUGGGGAACGCUGGAAAAUGGGAAGUGGAACGGGUUGAUACAUGAGCUAGUGAAUAGGAAGACCGACAUGGUGCUAACAUCGUUGAUGAUCAAUGCGGAAAGAGAAGCGGUGGUGGAUUUCAGCGAGCCGUUUAUGGAGACGGGUAUAGCGAUUGUAGUAGCGAAGAGAACAGGAAUCAUUUCACCAACGGCGUUCUUGGAGCCGUUCGACACGGCUUCGUGGAUGUUGGUGGGAAUUUUCGCCAUCCAGGCAGCGACGUUUAUGAUAUUCCUGUUCGAGUGGCUGUCGCCGAGCGGAUACGACAUGAAAACGGUACUGCAGAAUGCGAACAAUACUCCGUACCGGUUUUCGCUGUUCCGAACGUACUGGUUGGUUUGGGCAGUUCUGUUCCAGGCCGCGGUGCACGUUGAUUCGCCACGUGGUUUCACGUCUCGCUUCAUGACCAACGUUUGGGCCAUGUUUGCUGUAGUGUUCCUUGCUAUCUACACUGCCAACCUCGCGGCGUUCAUGAUAACCAGAGAGGAGUUCCACGAGUUUACCGGUUUGGACGAUACCCGAUUAUCGCAUCCGUUCUCGCACAGACCGACCAUCAAGUUCGGUACGAUUCCCUGGAGUCACACGGAUUCCACCAUUUCCAAGUACUUCAAGGAGAUGCACUACUACAUGAAGCAGUACAACAAGUCCAGCGUAGCGGACGGAGUUUCUGCAGUACUGAACGGUCACAUGGAUGCUUUUAUCUACGAUGGAACGGUUCUGGAUUAUCUGGUUCAGCAGGAUGAAGACUGCCGACUGCUGACCGUGGGUCAGUGGUACGCAAUGACCGGAUACGGCCUGGCCUUCAGCCGCAAUUCCAAAUACGUCCAAAUGUUCAACAAACGGCUACUGGAGUUCCGAGCAAACGGAGACUUGGAACGGCUUCGGCGAUACUGGAUGACGGGAACGUGUCGCCCCGGAAAGCAGGAACACAAAUCCUCCGAUCCACUGGCCUUGGAACAGUUCUUAUCGGCAUUCCUGCUGCUGAUGGCCGGAAUUCUGCUCGCAGCACUACUUCUGCUACUGGAACACCUCUACUUCAAAUACUUCCGUAAGAGACUGGCGAAAAAGGAUCACGGCGGCUGCUGUGCGCUGAUUUCGCUGUCCAUGGGCAAGUCCCUUACGUUCCGGGGAGCCGUCUACGAGGCAACGGAAAUUCUCAGAAGACAUCGAUGCUCGGAUCCGAUCUGCGAUACGCACCUCUGGAAGGUGAAGCACGAGCUAGACAUGAGCCGACUGAUGAACAGCCAGCUGGAGAAGACCCUGGUCGCACACGGAAUUAAGCCACCGCAGGGUAGGAUCGCCUCGACGAACGACAUCAUCGGGGCGGGCCGGCGCGAAAACCUUCACCAACGGCCGAACAUUCUCGGCAAUCUGAGUCUGGGUGGCAGCGCGCAGGAUUUGUACCGCUGGUCGUACAAAACGGAGAUCGCCGAGAUGGAGACGGUGCUGUAGAGAGCGAACGCGACAGUACCGAAACGAAAGCGGAAUUGCGUGGCAACAAGAGCCACACCCCUGAUGUGCGUACUGAUAAGUGAAAUUCUCAAACUACCAACUGUAAAAUGCUAAACUCUACCACACUUCUAUCAUCACCACCAAUUGACUAGAACAAAACUUAACUGAAGAAACCCACCCCGACCAGUGUUGUGCAAAGUCAGAAAACUAUUUCGAACAAAACAGAACGAAAAGGUUAAUAACACGAUCACACUGCACAGUGGCUGAUUUCGUCAUUUUAGCGCGCUUAAUUAAUAACUUUUUUACUAUGAAGUUUAGCGUCAUGGUGUCUUCGAGAAAGUUUUUUACUAUAAUAAGGAGCUUCUUUUGAGCUUCUGUGAAAAAUGAUCAAUCCCCCUAAAAGUGAGAUAGAAAAUUUAUUUUUUGAAUUUUUCAAGAUACGAGGUUGGUGUCUUCACAAAAGUUGUAGAAAAUGCAGUUUGGAGCAACUUUGCCGAAGACACCAAGUUUGUAACUCCGUUACUUUUCAAGAUACGUUACGUUUUCUUUCAUCAGCCCCUUGAAAAAGGUUUUUGCGCAAUAACUUUCUAAAAAUUGAUUCUACAAUUUUCUCAUGUUCUACAAAGUUAUAGAUAAUGGAAAAACACACAACUUUGCCGAACAUUACAUCCCGCUAAUUCCAAAAUCAAAAUAGUUAUAACGGUUUUCAUAGUUUUUUGGGCCAUAUUUCAAGCAUAUAUAACUUAGCUAUAGGCAUUUAUAUGCAAAUUUCCUUUUACGCAUGUGAAAGUACAUGUAAUUGCCUCUAUUAGAAAGCCAAAAUCAUCAAACUGUAAGAAACUGUAAGAUGGUUUUUGUAUAGAAACUUACAUCCAUUUAUGUUACUCUUAUAUAUGGGAUUUAAAGACCGGUCCAGAAAGUAUGGACGCAGUAAAAAAAUACUGGCAUUUCAAAACUAUUGAUAACUAGUACUUCUUGAAAGCUACAUCCUGUUGGUGAACCUAUUUUCUCAACAUUUGUAUAGCGGUUUUUGCGAUUCCAACAGUGUGUUUCAAAAUAUAUGAACUUUCAGCGGAACAUCUUUGAAAAAAUAUGCACAAACGAUAUACAGAGUUUGAAAGGUCACUUAGGAAAUGAGCAAAAUAUGGUGGGAGUAAAUGAGAAAAUCGUGCAACCAGCAAUCAGCAACCAAGGUGGGGACAACACGUUUAAGCAUAGGUAAGAAUUGGGUAAAAAUUAAAGAUCCUGCUAAUCCUCGUUUGGAUAAACAAAUAAUGAAGGCGUUUGAGUUCAGGAAAAAAACCUUCUAACUAAUACAAAGCGGGGUAUGACCAAAAAAGUUACCAUUCCGAAUUCCAAUGUUCAUCGUGGCAAAGAACGUUUGAAUUUUCGAUCCUAUAGUAAGCAGAAACAGCCAAAACGAAGCCCGAAACAAGAACCAUCGAUCAGGCCCAGACAACUGAAGACUAGGUGCGUCCAUACUUUCUGGGGCAGUCUUUAUAUAUAUUUUCAACAUAUUUAUUUGACAUUUCAUGUCAGCUUGCAUUUUUAUUGUUAUUGUAAGUGUGUGUUAACAUAAAGAAAGGUUUGUAGUGCAUUUUGGAUCAUUCGUGAAGUACGUUACAUAAAAACUUACCAUCUAAUUCUUUUGUCUUACUAACUCAAGUGCUCCACGUAGUCCACGAAAAAAGCGAAGGAAGCGCCAUUUCUUAAAAAAUUCCAAACAUGCGCGUGACAUAUUCUGUCAACGCUCUCACUAGUACAUAUCUAUGUCUACAUUGGUAAUAGUAAAUUAUUAAUCUUAUUGCACUUCAAAGUAAGGCUGCUGUUAAAUCGUGAUCCGACGAAAGAAGUUUCACUUUAUGCGUUUUUUUUUUCGUGGACUACGUGGAGCAUUGCGAGUUAGUAAGAAAAUAGAAGUAGUUGAUGAGUUUUUGUGUAACGUAUUUCAUGAAUGAUCCAGAAUACACAACAAACCUUUCUUUAUAUUUACACACACUUACAAUAACAAUAAAAAUGCAAGCUGACAUGAAAUGUCAACUAAAUAUGUUGAAAAUAUAUAUAAAUCCCAUAAGAGUAACAUAAAUGGAUGUAAGUUUCUAUACAAAAACCAUCUUACAGUUUCUUACAGUUUGAUGAUUUUGGCUUUCUAAUAGAGGCAAUUACAUGUACUUUCACAUGCGUAAAAGGAAAUUUGCAUAUAAUUGCCUAUAGCUAAGUUAUAUAUAAAAACUAUAAAAACCGUUAUAACUAUUUUGAUUUUGGAAUUAGCGAGAUGACAUAUUCGGAAAAGUUGUGUGUUUUUCCAUUAUCUAUAGCUUUGUAGAACAUGAGAUAAAUGUAGAAUCAAUUUUUAGAAAGUUAUUGCGCAAAAACCUUUUUCAAGGGGCUGAUGAAAGAAAACGUAACGUAUCUUGAAAAGUAACGGAGCUACAAACUUGGUGUCUUCGGCAAAGUUGCUCCAAACUACAUUUUCUACAACUUUUCUGAAAACGCCAACCUCGUAUCUUGAAAAAUUCAAAAAAUAAAUUUUCUAUCUCACUUUUAGGGGGAUUGAUCAUUUUUCACAGAAGCUCAAAAGAAGCUCCUUAUUAUAGUGAAAAACUUUCCCGAAGACACCAUGACGCUAAACUUCAUAGUAAAAAAGUUAUUAAUUAAGCGCGCUAAAAUGGCGAAAUCAGCCACUGUGCACUGUAUAGGUAAUUGGUGUGAGAGACUAUAUAAAUAGGAACACUACAACUGUACUGUACUCAUUCAAUAAUGGUCAAUGUCAACGGUUCCGAGAAACCAAUACGGGCGCAGGUGCACAAUGUAGAACUGAGGUAGCUAGGAUAACAUGGAAGAAGAAGAAGAAGAAGAAGAAGAAUCAAUAGAGAAGAGUAAACUGCCAGACCGGUCAGCGGAGAUGCCACGUGGCAACCGUGCUCGCGCAAGGGUUCGUGGAACAGUGUUGAUUCAGUUUGAUUGAUUUUGGUCAAUAUUUAAACAAUUCUCUGGAAUAACGGUAACUUUUUGAAACUAUGUUUAGUAAGGUUGAGCUGGAGAUUCAUAGACAACGGGAAACUUCAGUGUACAAGUGUUUGCGAUUUCCUAUUUUUAGUCGAGAAAAACGCCUGCCACGUAAGAUUGCAGGUCAGUGUGAGGAAAUGGGAAGAAGUGAUUAUGCAAUCACUCGCCCACGGUAGUCCAUAUAAACUACAGUUUCUGCACAAGUUUAUGCGGAUGUCGAAGUGUUUUGUUUUUUUUUUUACUAAAAAUUUAUCAGUGGACUCACCCAAUAUUUGUCCAGUUAUUGCUCAAUUGUAUUUUUAAAACAUUUCAUUAGAUUUCACUAGGAAAGAAGAUGAAAGUGCUCCAGAAAUGCCGGACGAGAUUUCUCCAGAGAUUUUCUGGUUGUUCUUCAAGUAAUUGUGAUAAUUCCUUAAAGAGUAUCAUCAAAUUUUUGUCACAUUUUUCGAAAAUUACUUCAGAUUGUUCUAUUUAACUUGGAAUUCCUUCAAAAAACUUGGAGAGAAAGUUUCUCGCAAUUCUGCAAAGUUCUCUUUUAAAGAUUCAUUAUAAAAUGUUCUAAAAAUAAAUUUCAUUGCUACAACAAUUUCUCUAGAGAAACUCCUGGAAGAGUCAUCGCAGUAAUCUCAAAGAAUUUCUGUAAAAAUUCAAAUAAUUUUAGGAAGACUCCUGGCGAAACCCCAAACAUAAUCAUUGAGACAUUGUUUGAGAAAUUCCUUACAAAAUCUUCACAGAAACUUGUGGAUAAACCCUCAGAGGAAUUCCUGGAUGAAUCCUCGAAGAAAUUUAUAGAUAAAUUUAUGAAAAAAAUAUCGUGGGAAUUUUUGGAAUAAAAAAAUAAAAAAAGAUGCAACAGAUUCCUCCGAACAACAAACAAAGGACUUUAAAAGCAAUUUCCUUGAACAUUUUCUGGACCUAUUGUUGGAAAAAUACAGGAAGAAUUAGGGUUAUUUUCCAAUUGUUGCACGGCUAAAAAUUCGCCAAUUAUUGCACACCUCAUAAGAAUAACAUGGAGUGUGCAACAAUAGGCGAGUUUUUAGCUGUGCAACAAUUGGAAAAUUACCCUAGUAUAGAAAAAUUCUAAAAAAAACUCGAAGAAACUGCUGGAAAUAUUAUCGAAAAAAAAAAUGGAUUAUUCCACGAGGAAAAUUCUAAAAACACUCGAAAAAUUUCGUGGAAGAUUCCUUAGAGGAAUUUCCUGGAGGAAGUUCGCGAAAAAAAAUCUGAAACAGUUCAUUGAGGAAUCUGUGAAUGAGUUAUGAGUUAAAUUACAGGUAGAGCCUUGAUAGGGAUUUCUGACGGCAGUCUCGGAGAAAUUACUGGGAAAAGUAUCACAAAUAUUUCUGGAUCCAUCCUUGAAAAGUUCUCAAUCUCAAAAAAAAGCACGAGGAAGAUUUCUCAGAGAAAUUUCUUAGAAGAACUUAGAGAGAAAUUUAGAAAAAAAUCCCUGGGGGGAUUUUAAAAAUCGUUGUAGAAAUUUCUGAAGGAACUUUAGAGCGAACUCUCGAGGGACAUUUUCAAAACACAAAUCUGCAGAAAUUCUUGGAUGAAUUCCUUCACAGAUAUUGGAGUAUCUCAAAAUUUUAAAGUUCUUACAAUUUCUUUUAGAGAUUGUUGCAGCUAUCCAGGGAAAAAAAACUCCUGGAAGACUCAUCGCAGUAAUUUCUCAAAGAACCCUUGUAAAAAUUCAUAUAGAAUAUCCAGGAGCACUCCUGGUGGAAUCUUGAUAAAAUCUUAGAGAAAUUAUUUCGGAAACUCCUGACAAAAUCUACGCAGAAAUUCGUGCACGAACUCUCGCGAGAAUUCCUGGAUGAAUCCUCAAAAAAAUCUUAUAAAAAUUUGAAGAGAAAAUUUAUCGCAGGAGUUUCUGGAAUAAUCCUCGUAGAAAUUUCUAAAAAUAACAAGAAAAAACACAAGAGAUUCACCAGAAUAAUUUCUCAAUAGACUUUAGCAGAAAGUUCUUCGAACAAAUUUCUGGAGCAAUUGUCAGAAAAAAAUACAGAAAGAAUAAUUACAGAAAAAUCUGAAAAUGUUCUCGGAUAAACUGCUGAAAAAAAUAUCACAGAAACUGCUGGAUGAUUCCACGGAGAAAAUUCUAAUAAACACUCGAGAAAUUUCGUGGAAAAAUCCUUAGAGGAACUUCUCGAAAAAUUUCUGAAACAAUUUUUCUGAGGAAUUUCUGGAAUAAUUUUAAGUUAAAUUACUGGUAGAAUCAAUAUGGGAAUUUCUGAAGGUAGCCUCGGAGAAAUUACCGGAAAAACCUUUACAGAUAUUUCUAUACGGAUAUAAACAUACGAGAAAGAUUCCUCAGAGGAAUUUCUGGAAAAACUUUAGAAAUUGAAAAAAAUCCUUGUAGGGAUUUUUAAAGAAUUUUUCAGAGAGAUUCCUCGAGGAAUUUUUUGGGAGCUCUCGAAACCUAGAAGAAAUUACUGAAAGAAUCAUUACAAAUUUUUGAAAAAAAAAAUCGUUUAAAUUUUUGAAGGAAUGGAUUCAUAGAUGUAACUCAUAAAGUUCGAUUUUUAAAGAAUUUUUCAGAGAGAUUCCUCGAGGAAUUUUGUGGGAGCUCGCGAAACCUAGAAGAAAUUACUGGAAGAAUCAUUACAAAUUUUUGAAAAAAAAAUCGUUUAAAUUUUUGAAGGAAUGGAUUCAUAGAUGUAACUCAUAAAGUUCGAUUUUUAAAGAAUUUUUCAGAGAGAUUCCUCGAGGAAUUUUGUGAGAGCUCUCGAAACCUAGAAGAAAUUACUGGAAGAAUCAUUACAAAUUUUUGUAAAAAAUCGUUUAAAUUUUUGGAGGAAUGGAUUCAUAGAUGUAACUCAUAAAGUUCGUACUGUUAUUUCAACAAUGUCUUCAUCAGUCAAGUAAUGUCUUCAGGAAUUCCUAUAUGUAUAUUUGAAUAAUUUCUUCCAAGUAUCCCUAUAUGUAUACUCAUUUAUUAAAUUUGUCUUAAAUUUAUCAAAAUUUGCUAUAAAUCAUUGACUAAGCUUCAGAGCUUCUUGAACAUUCUAAUCAAGGGAAUUCAUUCAGCAACUCUUUUAGUCAUACAUUUAGUAAUUUCCUUCAGAAAUACUACAGGAUUUCGCACGUUUUUCAGUCAAGUUUCCCAAAGUUUCAUGAGAUGUUCCCUCAGAAAUUUCUCGUAAAGAUUCCCGCGUAAUCUCAAGAAGUUUUUGAAUUACAUACAAAUUCCUCGUGAAAUUCAGGAUCUUCCUGAAAUAUUCAACAAGAACUUCUUAAAAACUUUCCUCCAAAAAAAUCCUCUGUCGAUUUUCCUAAGCCUUAGAAUACUUUGGAGAUUCCUUCAGGAAUUUUUCAUGAACAAUUUCCAAAUAUUUCUUAGAGAUUUCCCCAAAAAUUUCUGUAGGAAAUCUUACUUUUCUAGUCUAGGUUUUGUUCUGUAAUGCCUCUAUUUUGAAUGUCUCCAGAGCUCAUUUAAAAAAAACAUACAAGUUUACAUGUUCGUUUAUUUUUUUUUUCAGAAAAUUCCAUAGUAGAAUUUCCCAGAAAUUGUCACAUUUGUUCCUCCAAAGAUUCCUUCAAUAAAGAAUAUUGGAGAAGCAGUUUUUAGGAAUUCUUCCAAGCAUUCCUCCGAGAAUUUAGCUUCUCCGAGAAUGCUUUCAAGAAUUUCUUCAAAAAUUCAUCAAAGGAUUUCUGCAGGAGUUUUUUGCAAGAUUUCCUUUGGAAAUUUUCAAAAUUAUUAUUUUCAUGUAUUAUUGUAAAGGAUAACCCAGGAACUUUUCCCAGGAUUUCUCCAGCAGUAUCUCCAAGAAUCCUUCUAUAUUUCCAAGAAUUCCUUUCUAUAUUUCUUCCUGGAAAUCAAAAAUGACUUUUCAAGUAUUUUUUUUAACAAUACCUCUAGGAUUUAUUUUUGGCAAAUCUUCCAGGAAUACAUUCUAGUAUUGUUGUCCUCGAAGAAAAUUUAAGAAAACUGUGAAAAACAAUAUCUGAAAGAAUCAUCAGUGGAAGUUUUGAAGGAGUUUUCGGGUAAACUCUUGGCGGAGGACUCGAAGGGUAAAAUUCUUGUAAAAUUGUGUGGAUAAAUUUCCGAAAGAAUCAACGCAAAAGCUUCCACAGGAAUCUACAGAGAUUCUGGUGGCGUUCUUGGAAGAUUGCUUGGGAGAUUUUUAUGGAGAAUGGUGAAAUCCAGAGAAAUUUUCUGGAAAAAAUCUUUGCAAGAAAUCUAGUGUAUUACCAUAUGGGGGAACAAUAUGAAAAAUAAUAUGGAGCAAUUUCUAAAGAAGUCCUCGCGAGAAUCUUCGGAGCCAUUUUUAGAGACCGAGACAAUUUCUGAAGAAAUUUCUAGAUUAUUCUUGGGAGGAACUAUUAGUGAGCUUUUUUCGGAGGAAUUAUUGCAGAGAUUCCAGACGAAUCUCUUGAAGAAAAAUUCGGAGAAAUUCCUUACGAAACCUUCAGAGGUACUACUGGCGUAUUCCUUUUUUUUUUUUAGAAAUGCUCAUAAGAAUUUCUGAAGAAAUUUUCACGAAAAUCUUUGGAGUAACUCUCGCUAACAUCUGGCUUAUUCCUUGAGAAAAUUUCUGACGGAAUUUACGGGGAAACUUUGGGAUUUUUUUUCAAGGAAAUAUCUAGAGGAACUUUCAGAGAAAUGCUUUAAGGUAUUUUCGAAGAAAUUCCAGAUACAAACUCUUGAAGGAAUUCUCAGAGAAAAUUCCUGGGGGAUCGUUCCAAGGAAUUUUUGGCAUAAUCCUUGAAGAAAUUCUUAAAGAAAUAUCAAUGUUUGGAGGAAUUCUCAGAGAAAUUCCUAAAAAGACAAAAUCUUUGAAAAAUUGAUCGAGAAAUUUCCGGAAGAAUACUAUCCUUGGAGUGAUUUCAUUGAAAAUACUGAAAUUUUGAUAAAAAAAUAUGGGGUCUUAAACUUUCUAUAGGAAUGCUCAAUUUCUGGAAAUUUCAGAGAAAUCUGUAGACGCAUUUCUGGAAGAAUCAUCAGAGCAAUUUCUACAGUUACCAUCGAAGUUCCUUUAGGAGCCUGUGGAAGAAAUCCUGGUGGAAUCCUUACAUGAAUUCUCACAUAAAUUUGUGGAGAAAUCCUCAAAGAAAUUCUCAUAAAAUUAAGAAUAAAAUUUCCAAAAAAAAUCAUCACAAGAAUUUCUGGUGGGAUUUUUCGUAGGAAUUAUCAAAGAAAUUUCCGGACAAAUUCUCGAAGAAAUUGCAGGAGAAACUUUCGGAGAAAUUUCUGAGAAAUUCGGGUGAGACACCAGAGGAUUUUUUGGAAAAACUUUAGAAGAAAAGUCUGACAAAUCUUUCCGACGAAUUCCCGGAGGAACUUUUCAGAAGCUCUCGGAGUAGUUUCGGAAUGAAACUUAGAAGAAACGACUAGAAGAAAAUUGUAUGGACUUUUGGAUUAAUUCACGAAUUCAAAAAGAAUCUUUGAAAAAAUUUGUGGAUAAAUUUUUGGACGAACUUUCGAAGAAGUUUCUUCAGGAAUCCUAGAAGGAAUCCUCAUCAAAGUUUCUCGAGGAGCUCUUGAAGACAUUCCUGGAGAGGCCCUUAAAAAACAUUCUAGAGGAACUUUCAGAGGAAUCCUUCAAAAAGUUUCUGAUGGCAAGAAAUUCUUAGACAAAUCUGAUGAGAACUUCGUGUCUGAACUCUCUGAGAGGAAUACUCGAAAGAAAAAAAAAUAAAACAAUCCUCUGAGGAAUAUCUCGAGUUUUCCUUCAAAAACUUCGUUCUCGAAAGAAUAAGAGUGGAGAAAUGUGCGGAACAAUCAUUGCAAGAUUUAUGAAUGAACAACUAAAGAAAUUUCUAAAAGAGUCCUUGGAGGACUUUCUCGAGAGAAUCUCGGAAAAAACCCCUGGAAGAAUUUCUGGACGAAUUCUCGAAGCAACUAUCGGAGGAAUUUUAGGAGGAAUUUUCAAAAAAUCCUAUAUUUUAAAGAAAGAUGAAGAUUAAUUUUUGGAGGAAUCAACGCAGGAACUCCUGGAGGAAUUUUAUGAUACAUUCCUAGAGUAACUUGCAAAAGAAUUCCUGAUGAGGGACUCGAAGAAAUUCUCAGAGUAAUCUGAUGAAUCUUCGAAGAAAUACUUGUAAAAAAAUUGGAUUAAUUUUCCGAAGAAUCGUUGGACGAAUUUUCGAGAGGAACUAUUAAAGGAAUUUCUGUAAGAAUGAUUGAAGAAAUUCCUGUAGGAACCUUUGGAAAAAUUUCUGGUGAAAUUCUCAAAAAAAAAUAACAGAGAAAUUUCCGAAAAAAUCUUCUCAACAAUUCCAGUAGGAAUCUUCGAAUAAAUCAUAGUUAAAUAAUGUGGAAGAAUUUCUGAAGUAAUCCUCUGAGCAAUUUUUGGAGAUCGAGAACAUUUCUAAAGAAAUUCUCGGAGGAAUUUGCAAAUCGUUCUUUGGGGGAACUUUGGAGAAAUUUUUGAAGGAAUGGUUGGAGAAUUCUAGAAAAAUCUUUUGAAGGCAAACUCGAAGAAGUUCCACCGUAUUUGAAGAAACUCUUAGAUAAAUCUGAAUGUCUGGAGGAAUUUUCAGAGAAAUUCGUAAAUUAAACCUGAUUUUUUUUAGAAAAAUUAUUGCAGAAAUUCCCGGAAAAAUACCAUCCUCGGAGUGACUUCAAUGAAAUAAAAAAAAAAUGAGGGACACUUUCGUAGUAGUAAAGUAGUAAAUGCUAGUAAGAAUUUCUGGAAAAAUCAUCAGAGGAAUUUCUAAAGUUAUCAUCGAAUUCCUGUAAAAAAAACUGUGGUAAUCCUAGUAAAAUCCUCGUAUGAAUGAUCAUAUAGAUCUGUAGAGGAAUCCCCAUAGAAGUUCUUACAAAAAAUGAGGAUGAAUUACGGAAAGAAUCAUCACAUGAAUUUAUGGUAGGUCCCUCUAAAAAAUUCGAAAAACGUUUUCUUUGGAAUUUCUACAGCAACUAGCAGAGAAAUUUGUGAAAUAACCUUCGACUUGGCAAAAUCCUGGAAGAAAUUAUUAGUAAAACUGAUGAAGAAAUUUCUAG